AUGCAGAAAGAUGUGGGCGAUUGGACCCGCACUUGCCACUCAUGCCAGCGGUCGAAAAUAACGCGCCAUGUCUCGGCGCCACACUCCAGUUUCAACCUGCCAACGCAGCGUUUUGCUGUCCUGCACGUCGACCUCGUCAUUUUGCCUCAAAGCAAAGGUUACCGCUACAUGCUGACCAUUGUCGACCGAUUCAGCCGUUGGAUGGAGUGCAUUCCCCCUGGAGAACAUGACAGCGGAAACCGUGGUGCGGACCAUUUACAACGAGUGGAUUCCCCCUUUGGCAUUCACCUGACUAGAACAACAGCAUAUCAUCCCCAGUGCAAUGGACUGGUUGAGCGACUUCACCGCACCCUUAAGACAGCACUCAUGUGCCAUGAUGCCGAUUCUUGGACCGAGGUGCUACCAAUGGUGCUGCUCGGACUGCGCACGCAGUUCAAAGAAGUUCUUCAAGCUUCCGCAGCAGAGGUGCUAUAUGUGCACCAGAUUUUGCACGUGAGCACCAGAAACGCAUGGCGAAACUUCGCCCUGCACCAGUAA